GUUUCAAUUUUUUCUUUCGCAUUUUCUAUUCUUUUUUAUUCUUUUUUGGGCAAAUUGUAUUAUGCCCAGAAAACGAAAACUUGGUCUUGAUGAAACCUCUGAUGAGGGUAGUAAUAAGAAGCGAAAAAUAGAUGUUACUGAGAUUUGUCAAGAAUUAUAUGACAUCAUAAGAAACCAUAAAAUUGAUGGUAGGUUGAUUUGUGAAACAUUCAUCCGAACACCUAAGAGAAGAAAUCAAGCUGAUUAUUAUGAUGUUGUCCAGGCUCCGAUUGAUUUGUCUCGUAUCCAGCAAAAGAUUAAAUUUGAGGAAUAUGAAGAUGUUGAUCAGUUAACUGUGGACAUUGAAUUAUUGGUUAAUAAUGCCAAAAAUUAUUUCAAACCUGAAAGCCAAGAAUAUCAAGAUGCUUGUGACUUAUGGAUUCUAUACAAUGAUUCUAAAAGUGAAUUAUUGGGUGGUGAUAAUUUACCCGAUGAUUCAUCUUCAACCAUUAAUGUUGGUGAUUGUGACUCUUUUAGUAAUCAAGGUGGUGAAAGUUCAAUUGAGGAAGACAGUCCACUUGAAGAACUGUUUGCCUCGGUGAUGACAGCAACAGUUGAUGAUGGUCGCAGUUUGUGUACAAUGUUCCAAUUGUUACCCUCUAAAACCAAGUAUCCUGAUUAUUAUAAAAUAAUUCAUGAUCCAAUAGACCUGAAAAUGAUUGCCCAAAAGAUUCAAAGUGCCGGUUAUUCAAGUCUAACUGAACUUGAGAAAGAUUUAUUACUCAUGGUUAAAAAUGCCAAAACUUACAAUGAACCAGGAUCACAAAUCUACAAGGAUGCUAAUACUUUACGUAAAAUAAUUUUAAACAAGAAACAAGAAAUUGACCAGAGAAAAUCAUCUAAAUCAAGUGAAAGAAUAAGAACAAGAAAAUCUCUUUCAUCUUGUCAAAAAUGGUCAAGCAUUACUGCUGCUCUUAAAUAUGAAAAUGAUGAUUUAGAGCCAAUUUCUAUCUCAUCAACACCCCUUCCAGUGCCAAUCAACAACGAAGACACAAUUAAUGAGGAACAAGAUGAAUCUGAUCCAGAAGAUGCAGAUGCUAAUCCACAAUGGCAACUCUAUGAAACUGUCAGGUCACAUACAAGUGCUCAAGGAAUUGCCCUUUCAGAUCCAUUUAUGCGUCUACCAAAUCGCCGAUUCUAUCCUGAUUAUUAUCAAGAAAUUAAACAUCCAAUGUCUCUUUCUAAAAUUAAAUCUAAAAUUAAGAUGCGCUUUUAUCGUUCCACCGUCGAGGUUGUAGAUGAUUUGAAUACCAUGUUCGAGAACGCUAAAAAGUAUAAUCGACCUGAUUCCAAGAUUUUUAAGGAUGCAUGUAAAUUACAAAAAAUAAUGCAAGCAAAAGCCAAGGAACUUGUCAAUUACCAAGGCAAAGAAUCUGAUUCUAGUGAUACCGACAAUGAAGAUAGUUCUAGUGGAGUUGGUCGAGGUAGAGGUCGUAAACCAAAAACUUUAACAAAUGCUUUAAAUCAUGAGCUUAAAAGAGCUCGUCGUACCAAUUCUGAUUUUGAUCCUGGUUUGAGAAAACGUAUGAAACUCAUAAUUAAAACAUUAAUUAAUUAUGUUGAUGAUCAAGAUCGUCAAAUCUGUGAGCUAUUUAUGGAAAAACCUUCCAAGAAAGAUUACCCUGAUUAUUAUGAGAUAAUCGAAAAUCCAAUUGAUAUGAAAACAAUUCAAGUAAAUGUGAGAUCUGAUCAAUAUGCAACCGAAGAUGCUUUUAUUGCUGAUUUGAAGCAAAUGUUUGACAACUGUAAACAGUACAAUGAGGAAGGCUCUCAAAUUUAUCGAGAUGCUGAAACACUUGAGGCUUUAUUGAAUGGAAAACUCGCCGAGCUUGGUGCUUAUAUUCCCAAAGUCAGAAGAUCUCGAAAAUCUACCAAUUUGAUUCAACCUAAAUUAAAAGUACUUUAUGAUGCAAUCAUUAAUUAUAAUGACCCUAAAACUGGUCGUCAAUUGUCUUCGAUAUUCAUGAAGCUUCCAUCCAGAUUAGAUUAUCCAGAUUAUUAUGAUGUAAUUAAAAGCCCAUUGGAUUUGGGUAAAAUCGGUAUGCGACUCAAGGAUAAUCUUUAUGAGUCAUUAGAUGAUCUGCUUUCCGAUUUAGUUUUAGUUUUUGAUAACGCGUGUAAAUAUAAUGAACCCGAUUCACAAUUGUACAAGGACGCGCUAACCCUGCAGCAUGUAGCUCUUCAAACUAAAUUAGAGCUAAUUGAGAAUGAAAGUCAAGGAGUACCAAAUAUAAGAGCAGUUAUUCAAGAUUUGCUAACUAAUCUAUUCAUCUCCGUUUAUAACCAUCAAGAUGAAGAAGGAAGAUGCUAUAGUGAUUCGAUUAUCGAAUUAUCUGAACAAGAAGCCAAAAAUGCGGAUCCGAAUGAACGUCGUCCUUUAACGUUGGACCAGAUCAAAAAGAAUCUCGAAAAAAGAAGAUAUCGUCGAUUAGAUAGAUUCCAACAAGAUAUGUUCGAUGUAUUCGAAAGGACUCGACGAUCUUCACGAAGUGACUCUCAAGCUUUCGAGGAUUCGGUCGAGUUGCAAUUGUACUUUAUUCGUUUACGAAAUGAACUCUGUCGAAAUGGGGAAGUAUUACAAUCUAGUGCACUCAAUUUUACCGAGACCAAUUUGAACACACAAGUAGAUGCAUUAAAAUCGCAAAAAUUACCCUUUGAAAAUCAAGAAGCUGAAGCAGAAUCUAAAGCAGAAGAUAAAGAUGCUGAUCCCAGUGGUGGAACAUCAGCUGAAAGUAUUGCUGAAGUUUCUCUGAAUGAUCAAGUUUACCGACCAGGUGAUUUUGUCUACAUUGAGCCAAGAGAAAAAGGAAUGGACCCUCAUAUAAUUAACAUCUCAAAACUUUGGAAAGAUCCUACUGGUCAAAUAUGGAUUUAUGGAUGUUGGUUUUACCGUCCUUACGAAACUUAUCAUAUCGCAUCAAAAAAGUUUUUGGAAAAGGAAGUUUUCAAAAGUGACAGCUACAAUAAUGCUCUUCUCUCUCAAGUUGUGGGGAAAUGUUUCAUCAUGUUUGUAAAAGAUUACUUUAAACAGAAACCAGAAGGUUUUGACGAUCGUGAUGUUUACGUUUGUGAAUCUCGCUAUUUUACUCGUACCAAAACAUUUAAGAAAAUUAAAGUUUGGCUUUACUUUAAUAACCAUUCCCUGAUACCAAGAGAGACACAUUCACCCAUGAUAAGAGUACCAUCCAUCUUUAAAAAUGGUAAACAAGACAAAUCCAAAGAUGAACAACCAACAACCAAUGUCAAUGAAUAUGACGACGAUGAUGGACCUAAACUUUUAGACAUUGAAAGACCCAACAUAAUAAUUGAGCCUGGAGAUGGUCUACCGAUAGAAGAAGGUGCCAUUUAUUAUGAACAAUUUACUAUCCCUUCAGGUUCUUACAAAUUGGGUGACUGUUGUUAUGUGAGAACAGAUAAUGGACGAAAUCUCAUUUGUAGAAUUGAUCGAAUGUGGGUCGACAAAGAUGGUAAUGCUUUCUUCCAUGGUCCUUGGUUUGUUCAACCACGAGAACUUCAUUCAGCAACAUCUCGCAUGUUUUAUCCUCAAGAAGUGUUUUUAAGUUCAAUUGGAGAUACCAAUCCACUUUUAAGUAUUUGUGACAAAUGUUCAGUUUUGGAAGUUAAAGAUUAUAUUACUCGGCGUCCAACUGAAAUCUCUGAACAAGAUAUUUAUGUUUGUGAGCUUAAGUAUCAUGAACAUGAGAAAAAAUUUAUCAAAUUACCAAUAAAUCUCAAAAGAACAACACCUUUCAAGCCUGGAGUAGCUGAAGAUGAGCAAUUUAUAUUUCGAAAACCAUUGGCAAUCUCUAGAAGUGAAUCUAUUCCAACAAAAAGUGAUUUGUUAUUGAAAAAAGGUCAAUUGGCAAACCUCAACGAAGUUCCAUCUCCACUUACUUCAUUCCGGCCAUCAAUUGACACCGAGAAUGAAGAAUCCAAUGAUGUAUCAUCCAUAAUAUCCGAAACACCAAUAAUAUCGACUCCUUUUAUGAGCCGGAAAAAAGGAAGUAAACGUAUUGUCACUGGUUAUAUAAUUUUCGCUGGUGAAGUAAGAAAAUCGGUUAUCCAAGCGAAUCCUGAUUGUGGCUUCGGAGAUGUUAGUCGAAUCAUUGGAAAUGAAUGGAAAAAUUUACCUCUGGAGACGAAACAAGAAUAUGAAAGAAGAGCACAAAAACAGAAUGAAGAAUCCGCGCGAGAAGCUGCUCGUGAAGCUGAAAGGCUAGAACUAUUCUCACAAUCACCAAUGGGUUUUGAACUUGUCUACGAAUGUCACUGGGAAAAUAAAUGUGAUUACCAAUUUGAAGAUCCCAAUGAUUUAUAUGAUCAUCUUAACUCCGAGCCGCAUGGUCACGUUUGGAGGUCAUAUGGUGAACUUAAAGACAAAGAAGAUGCGGUUUUCCAAUGUCUCUUUCACGGUUGUGCCCGCGUUAAAAAAGGAGCUACGCCUUUUCCGUCAAUUUAUCGACUCGUUCGUCAUUGUAAAGAAAUUCAUGUAAACAAACAAAUUCCUAAGCAUAUCCCUCCCGAAAACCGUAGCAAAAAUUUCAUCCCUGGUCGCAAGUCAUCAACCGCUCCAUCAUUUUCAACUUCGCUUAAUCAUUUCGGCAAUAAUAACAAUCGACCAUUUAACCAAUCUGCAACAUCGGUUCUCGGUGUAAAUCCUGUAAGAUCAACCCCUCCGCCCGUCUUAUCUUUAUACGACAAUAUUGGUGGUUUGUCGAGUGUAUCCCUUGGAAUCAACGGUCAUUCAAAUGACUCUAUGUCAUCUUAUUGGGGCAAAAACACUCAAACCAACCAACAGCAACAAGCUCAAGUCACUCAAGCCGACCCUCUUUUUGCAUUAUCACCUCCAAAGCCAACCCGCCUUCUUCAUUCAAGCACCUUUGUCCAGUACAUAAAACGCUUACGACCCGACUGUAGACAUGUCAGCAAUUAUGAGCAACAAUUUAACGGAACCCCGGAAAAUACAAUAUUACCAAAUAGAGAUCAAUUACCAACCCAUUGGUUAGCAAAUGGUGAAGGCAAUCACGGUGAUGUGGUUAAUGCUCUAUGGGCUUUAAGGAACUUCAUGCUCAAAGAAUCAUUGAACAUCUCACGAUUAUAAAAGCCUAAUCUCUCAUUAAUAACCAUUCAAUUGAUCAACAAAAAUCAAUUUGAAACAAAACAUAAACAAACGCAUUUUACAAUUGACACAAGCUAAUAUUUAUAGAGAAAAAAAUAUCAUUUUGGAAACCCUGCUCGAUAUAUAAAACUAAAAAACAAUUAUUUCUCAA